CGAUGGUUGUUAUCCACCCAACGUAAUCAGGCCCAGCAUCGACUAGUUAGUUGGUAGUACGUAGUAGUAAUUCUGCGAUAACAAAAGAACUAUCUGUGGGUCAGAUCUGCCUUUUCUUGGAAUGACAUACGGAGUACGAAAAUAGCAAACCUAAGGUAUCUUUCUACUGCGAACUACAGCCACCAUUAGACUAUUAUAUCUAUCUUUUGCGUUGGCGAUAGAUACCCCACAAACACAACAAAACAAUAAGAAUAAUAUCGCAACAAUUGAAAGUUCUUUUCCACCACAAUGCCUGAGAAAAAGAAAAUCAUCAUUGAUACUGAUCCAGGUAUUGAUGAUAUACUGGGCCUGUUGCUCGCGUUGUCGGCAAAGCCGGAGGAGGUUGAGAUUCUGUUGAUCUCCUUGACGUUUGGUAAUAUCGAGGUUCGCAGCUGCCUCCGAAAUGUCGUCUCCAUGUUCCAUAUCAUCGAGCGCGAAAAGCGCUGGCGAAAGGAGCAUGGAAAGCCGGAAGGGUUUGGUGCCCUAAGCGCCUCCAAGCCUGUAGUCGCCGUGGGCGCGGAGGAGCCUCUCGAGGACCAAAGGAUGCUGGCUGAUUAUUUCCAUGGCACGGAUGGACUCGGAGGAAUCCACGCGAGCCACCCCCAUCUGACACCAAGCCAAACCUGGGAACACCUGUUCGAUCCCUCCGCUGAUCCUAGCGAGGUCGACCCGGUCCAGUGCGGCGGGGACGAGUCUGCUGCUCAUCAAUCUUUCAUCCCUUCGAAGAAGCCCGCACACCAGGAGAUCCUUCGUGUUCUGAAAGAGAAUGACCCAGGCUCCGUCACGCUGGUUGCGGUAGGACCGUUGACGAACCUUGCUCUAGCGGCAGCGGAAGAUGCAGAGACAUUUUUGAGAGUGAAAGAGGUGGUGGUAAUGGGUGGCACGGUGAACCGACCAGGCAAUGUCACACCAGUGGGAGAAUUCAAUGCUUAUGCCGAUGCUGUCGCUGCAGCACGCGUUUUCGCGCUUACAUCUCCCAUGCCUGCAAGCACACUGCCUCCAACUCGCUCUGAGAAACUCCCACCAUACCCGUCUAAGCUCAGCAAGCAGCUCACCCUUCGCCUAUUUCCCUUGGACAUCACCCUGCGCCACAACAUGACGCGGGGCCAAUUCCGACAGAUAGUGGAACCGCUCUUGGAGGCGGGCUCUCCGCUGGCCGAGUGGGUGUCUGCCUUCAUGGCGCACACUUUCCGUACUUUGGAAACGCUUCAUGUCGGCCAUGAAGGAGAUGCUGCGUCGCUGAGCUUACACGACCCCGUGUGCGUUUGGUACGCCCUCACCGCGGACGACAAGCGAUGGAGUCCAUCGCCAACUUCCCCGGAGGAUAUUCGUGUCGAGACUCUCGGCCAAUGGACUCGGGGCAUGUGUGUCGUCGACAGGAGGAACAGACAUCGCAUUGACAGCGAGGUCGCGAGCACGAACGAUCACGGACACUGGCUGAGCGUCCGAGCUGGAAAUCGGAUCUGGAGGAUCGACGGUUCACCUGUGGAGCAUGACUUUGGAGAUGUGCUGAUGGAGAGGAUCUUUGGAUGAACGGGAGCCCUGGAUCAUGCUAGGGGAUGGAACGUGUCGGGAAAAGCAGUAGGAAACUGUACAGGAGGCAAAUGCAUAUAUAACAUGCAAAUGCAUAUAUAACAUGCAAAUGCAUAUAUAACAUGGAAAAGACAUAUAGACGAUCAUCAAACCUGAAACCCGCAAUGGAAUCAAAUAGACAGAUUAGCUACGAGGCGAAUCCCGCCGAACGGUAAUUCCUACAGUGGACCAACUCAUCUCGACGAUUAUCC